AAUUAUUUCAAUUUCUCCUUAAACUUACAGUUUCCCGAAAAAAUUAUCAUAAAUUGCUGGAUACUCUUUCUGUUAUUCAACCAUUCGUGCCAGGCCCAAGCUGCCACACACAGCGAGUGCAUAGGACAGUUUGAGCCCACUGUACUGGUGCACGGUGGAGCUGGCGAUAUAGCCGAUUCUGGUAUACCAUUGAAGAAACUUGGAGUUAAGCGGGCAGCACGUAGGGGCUAUGAAGCACUGAUCAAAUCGGGAAGUGUACUGGAUGCAGUGGAAGGAGCAGUUAACUCACUCGAGGAGGAUGUCAAUUUCAAUGCUGGCAAUGGUUCAGUUCUCACCUGGGAUGGCGAUGUUGAGAUGGAUGCCUCUAUAAUGAAUGGCGCUACAUUGGAGGCUGGUUGCGUGUCCCUAGCACGUGACAUAAUAAAUCCCAUAUCUCUGGCCAGACGCAUCAUGGAGACAACACGACAUCGUUAUAUAGCUGGCGAGGGAGCCAUGAAUAUAGCCAUGGAAUCGGAGAAUUUUAAAAUCCUACAAAAAGGAGCUCUUGUCACAGAGGCAGCCCAGAAAUCUUUGGAGAACUACAAGGCCAGCUUAAAUCGGACGCGAUCGAAGCGCGAGAGUCAAAUCUAUGGCUCACCAGGCACUGUGGGUGCUGUGGCCAUCGAUGCUUGCGGCAAUGUGGCAGCUGCCACUUCAACAGGUGGCAUAACCGGUAAACUGUCUGGACGCAUUGGUGACUCUCCCAUUUUGGGUGGCGGCACUUAUGCCGAUAAUGAAACGGCUGCCGUUUCGGCCACGGGACAUGGCGAGACUAUUAUGCGUUACAAUGUAGUAUCCCGAAUGUUGGCUCUAGUCCAACAUGCGAACCAUACGGCCCAAGAGGCAGCCGAAAGAGUACUCAAUGAAAUGACUCAACGAUUCGAUGAGACGGCUGGCAUCAUUGCCAUUGAUCAUCGUGGAAGGCUGGGCAUUCAUUUCACAUCCAAACGAAUGUCCUGGGCCUAUCAACGUGGCGAAGAACUACACUUUGGCGUCGAUGCUGGAGAGGAUCAGCUGGAAAUUGUCGGCGAACCGCGUGUCCCACCGCUUUAGAAGUUUCUGUCAUUAACUUUUUGUAACAUUUCACAACUUAAUAAAAUGACUUAAAUGUAUGAUUAAAAAGAUUCUUAUAAAC